AGCAGCUGGGUCUGGCCUGGCGGCUUCUGUGGCGGGCGGAGACCCGGCUGGGCGAGCUGGAGCGGCGGCGGGCUCAGGACAUGAGAGACGUGGAAAGCUACGUAGGCCAUGUCCGUACCCUGACAGAAGAGCGGGAUGCCAUUGCCUCUGAAUAUGAGAAGGAAAAUGAGCAGCUCAGGUUGGAGCUGGCACAGCUGCAGCUGCAGCAGGUUCCACAGGGAAGAGCUGGAAGGGAAGCCAGCAUUGCCUGCAGGAGUUGUGGGAGAUGUGGAAGAGGCCCCACAGAGGCUGGUGGUGUCCCAGGAAGAUAUCCAGAGGGUGGCAGAGGAGCUGGAUACACCGAGCAAAGAGCAGAGUGGAACAGACAGGACUGAGUUCCAGAGUGCCAUGGAGCACAGGCUGGACAAGGAGAUCCUGGCGCUGCGGGCACGGGUCCAGACGCUCGACUUGGAGAGGAAAGCAUUCCUGGAGCUGGUGGAGCAGCUCAAGGAGGAGAUCUGUGAUUACCAGCGGAGUGAGAGGCCAGAGCCUCCACUGGCCGAGGGAGUCGGAACGGCCUCACUGGAGGUACAGGACACACAGGAAGCAGCAGGAGCUGAUGGAGACACCGGUGCCAGCAGAACUGCCCCAUAUGAAGAACAUGGAGAUCAGGGUGUUGAAACUCUCCACAAAAGGUGCCGUGAAGCCGUGGAGAACACUGAGGGCAGGAAUUCCCAGCUCCUUCACAAGCUACAGAAACUGGAGCAGGAACGUGGGGGUUUGGUUGAGCGCAAUGAGGAGCUGGAAUCAACUCUGGGAGAGACACAGAUCCAAACCAAGCAAGAGAAGCAACAGCUGGAGAACGAGGUGGAGGGACUGCACCAGAAAAUCACCAGUUUGGAAACAGAGUUCUUUGAGGUGCAGAAGAGCAAAAGUGAGAUGAAUGGGAACAAGCAGGUGACAUCUGGAGCUCAGGACAUGCAGGAGAUGUUGGAAAGCUGUCAGGAAACGAUAGACAGGUUGGGGAGUCAGCUGGGAGAGAGGAGAGAACGGGGAAAGCAACUGGCAUCUGAGCUGGAGUUGCUGUGGGAAGACCUGAAGGCUGAGAAGGUGGUUCUGGGCAGCCAGGGCUUACCUGACUCCCACUCAGAGCUCACAAGCCACAUAAGCACCUUCCCGAGUCUCAGGAGAGCAUCAGCCAGCAGGGAUCCUGUGGAUGCAUCCCAUGAGAAGUUACACAAAGACAGUGCUUUGCUAGAUCCAGAGGCCUCUGAAAUCCUGCAAGACAGAGAACAGAGUCCCAAAGUGGAUCAGAAACAGGAAGAUCCCUGUGCAGAUGCAAAGACCUAUGAGGAACAGAUGGCUAAAGUAGUGUUUUUGGAAGAACAGAUCAAAAACCUGAGGAAAGAACAAGAACUGCUCUGCUCUGAAUUACUAGAGAGCAACAAGAAGAAGGAGGAGCUGGAAAAGCAGCUCAAAGAGAGCAAUGAAGAGAAGCAGAUGCUGCUUGAAGAAAUUGCUCAGCUCAAACGUGACGUCCGGAGUUCUGGGGAGCAGGGCCCCAGCGGAGACAUGAGGAGGAUGACCCCAGGCUUGGAGCAGAGAGAGAACAGGUUUCUCCCAUGGCAGAGCUUGGCAGGCAGUUUAGAGGGGAGCCUUAAACAGGGUCUGUCUGAGGAGAGGUUCCAGCAGCAGGAGGAGAAGCUGCAGCAGCUGCGCCAAGACCUGCGGCGGGUGCAGAACUUGUGCAGCUCCGCCGAGAGGGAGCUCAGGUAUGAGAGGGAGAAGAACGCCAACCUCCAGAGGCAAAAUCUGCUGCUCCAGCAGGAAUGCACCAAGGUCAAAGCUGAGCUGAAGCAGGCCCGGGCUAAACUCUCGGACACCACAGAAACAUGCUCCUCCCUCUCAGCACAGUGGGAGAGGAGCCAGCAGAAGGUCAAGGAGCUGGAACUGGAGCUCUCCAAGUGCUCCCAGGCUGAUAAGCUCCAGAGCAGCCUCCAGGAGAGGCUGGCCCAGGAGAAAUCCAGAGCAGGAGAAGCACAAAAGAAGGUCUCAAAACUCCAGCAAAAGCUGAAGGAUUCCCAGCACCAGCUGCUGUUGGCAGAGGCCCAUGUUUCCGAUAAGAAGCUCCUGGAGAAGGAGCUGAAGGAAGCUCGGGAAAAUGAAGCUCGAGUGCAGCAGGAACUUCAUGAGGAGCAGCUGAAAAGGAGGCUCCUGGAGCAGCAGGUGGAGGAGCUGCAGCAGCAGCUCCGGCAUUCCCAGGAGACCGAGGCGUCGCUGGCCAAGAUGCACGUGGAGCUCCAGGCAAAGACCCUGCACGUCCUGGAGGAUGAGAAGCUGGAUGCUGGUGAGCAUGUGCAGUGCCAGAAGGAGAACCAGAAGCUCUCAGAGCAGCUGGUGCUGCUGAAGGAGGAGAACAAAGCUCUAUAUGAAGAAGGUGUCCGACUCCUGAACCAGAAGGAUCUCUAUGUCAGGAAAUACAAUGAGAUGCAGCUCCGGCACAAGGACAAGAUCCGCAGGGCCAAGGAGACCUUCAUCCACGAGGUGAAACAGAGGGACAGUAGGAUCAAACAGCUGGAAAACGAGCUCAGUGAGUCGAAGCUCCAAGUGGAAAAGGGGAAGGUGCUGAUUGCCCAGAUCACUGCUGAGAAUGAGAAAUUACUCCAGGAGAGGCGAAGGCUCCUCCAAAAAAUAACAGACCAGGAGGAGUCCCCUUGGAGCCUCCGGUCUGGGAUUCCCUCCCUGCAGAGCAGAGGGAAGGUCCUGGAGGAGGAGAACACCUGGCUGCAGGACAAGCUCCAACUCUCCAGCCAUGUGGCCACCUCCCAGCGCCUUGCCAGGAGCAGCCCCAGCUCAGAGGACUUGAAGAUUAUUCCUGGCUCUGAACACCAACCACAGAGUAAGGUGUUGCCACCUCCUCGUGCCAGCUUCCCAUCCCGAGAUGUCGCAGAGCCCCUCGGCGCCCUGAAGGCCCCGCAGGACACAAAGGCUGAGAGAGAGGCUGAGAGCCAGGAUUCCUCCUUCUGCCUGUGCCCCUUGCAGCCUUCAGAGAUGGGGUACCUGAACGUGGCCUCUCCUGGGGAUAGCUCAGCCCCCACGGGCUCCCCGCUGCAGGAGCAGAGCCGCAGCCCUGGCCCCGAGAGCUGAGCUGCGAGUGGUGGUGCGGCCUUGCCUCAGCUGCACGACCUGGGCUCCUGGGCCCUGCCAUGACAGAGCCUGCAAAGAGAGUUGCCAAAUGGACUGACCCCAUCAUUUAUGGGAUAGAUUCCAACUAAAUGAUUUCACAGCUUUUUUUUACUUGCCCACCUCUAAAUGUGUGUGUGAUCCACUGGAGGCUGCAAUUCGUAGAUGAACUCAGUACAGUGCUAGAGGGGUGGGGUGAAGGGUAUCUUCCCUCAAGUCUAAUUCCCUGUCCAGUCCAAAUCUAUAAAUUUUUAAAAUAAAACUUGGAGAAAUUCCUUCUUACCCUGUGCCCACAGUCCAUGCCCACACACUGUCAUUCCCCUUUUUUCCACGCUCUCAGAAUCCCCUUUGCUUUGUGCAGACGUGAAUGGGAUAGCUGAGCACUGGGGAGAGGGUGGGAAGAAAGAGAAGCUCUGGGGGCAGGAUGCUAUGGGCAGAUGGGUCAGAAAUGAGAUAAAGGUAGAUGGAAUGGCAAAGGGAAAUGGAGUAGGGGCAGAAGAGAGGAAGGAUAUGGGCAUCCAGGAAAGGAAAGGAGAUAAAUCUGGAAUAGAUUUAAAAGGAGAUAAAUCUGGAAUAGGUCUGUGGAUGCUUGGGUGGGAGUGGGAGGGAUCAGGCCAUGCAAAAUAGGGAGUGGAGGGAGUCUGAGGAUGCCAAGAGGGAAGCAGCAGUAUCAGAACUGCAGAUUAGGUGUGAACAGAGCAUGGCUGCACAUCUCUGUGGGCCUUUCUGUGCUUCCUGCGCUCUCCCUGUGUGUUUUGGGGAGCUCUGGACUCCUUGGUGUGACCCCUCUACCUCCUGGCUGUCCCUUAGAGGGUACCUCAAGCCCUGGUGUCCAUUUCUGGGGCUAUCCCCAGCCCUUGGUUUGUUUUGUGCCAUGCCCAGGCCCAAGCAUGGCCUUUGGGUGCCCCUGGACUCUGGCUGUGCCUCUUUGGGCUCCCCACAGCCCUCAAGGAGCCUCCCGGGGUGCACAGAACCUCUCCAUGGGGUUUCCUGUGUCACAGAGGCCUUUGGCCUCCUCUGCACACCCCAGUGUGUAUGAGCAUUGUUUGGGGGAGGUUAGUGCAUCCUCAGCCCUCUGGCUGUGCCCUGGGCUACCCCAGAGCCUCCACUGAGCCUUUGGCUACCAGAGACCCCAGGGAAGGUAUCAGAACACUCCCAUGGAGGGCUGAGGGGUUUCAUCCCUUCUGAUGGGGCAGAACUGGCUCAGCCACACUCAGGGAGAGGCAGAGUCAGGUCUCAGAAGGGGCACAAACCAUCAGAGACCCUGAAGGGCCCACAGACUCAUUUCUGGGCUUUCUGCAGAGGGCUGGGUGUGACCCCAGUGUUACAUCAGUGUAAAACUCUCGACCCCAGGGAAGGUACCUGGGUGUUCCCACUGAGCCUGAGCCUCUAUUAACCCACUGAACUUUGUGUUUUUGGAGCUUCCCACAGCUGAUGGAUCCAGACUGUGACCAUCACUUUGACCAUGAACACUGAAAUUGCAACAACCAAGUCUUGUCAUUGUGCCCGUAGGUGGUGAGACCUUUCCUCUCCACUCUCUACUCUGAUCCUUUCUUUUUUUUCUUUUUCCUCAUGUAUUUUCUGAAGUGUUAUUUCUAUAGUUUUAUACGGGUAUAUUUCUAAAGAAAACAACCAAAAUGGCUAAAAUAAGUGAUUUCCAUUGCAACCAGUGUUAAAAUAAAUGUGACAUAUAUAUAAAUAUA